GCUCUUGCUCUCGACUGAAACCCUAGAUCACCAUCACCACCACCAUUAAUGGAUCUCUUGAAGCAAGAGCUCCAGCGGAAGCGCCAGAGCCUCGCCGCUGACUUCGGGGGCAAGAAGCUCAUCAAGCGCUCCGAGAUCGAGCAGAAGGAGAUCCAAAAGCUCCGUCAGGAGGAGCACCGCCAUCUCCAAUCCCGAUCCCGUCCCCUUCCCUCCUCCACUUCUAACCCUUCCUCCUCCUCAUCCUCCUCAUCCUCUUCUCUACCCCCUGCCCUCGCUGCCGCCUCCUCCAAGAAGGCCUCCGAGGCCCAAUCCGAUGAGCAGCGCAUCGAUGACCUCGUCCUCCCCCGCCACGAGGUCAUCCGCCGCCUUCGAUUUCUUAAGCAACCCAUCACCCUUUUCGGCGAGGACGAUGAUACCCGGCUUGAUCGCCUCAAGCUCACCCUUAAAUCGGGGGUUUUCGAUGUUGAUAGCGAUAUGACCGAGGGUCAGACCAAUGACUUCCUCCGCGAUAUCUACGAGCUCCGGAAGCGCCAGAAGGCCGGAUCGUUACUCCAUGAUCGGGCGAAGCACAAGCGGGACGAUGGCGAUGGGAUUGAGGGCGAUGGUGGCGAUGACGAUGGGGAUAAGGAUGUCAGCGGCGAUGGGGGCUCGUCGGGAAUGGAUGCUGAUAAGGAUAUCAAGAGGAUGAAGGCGAAUUUUGAGGAGCUGUGCGACGAGGAUAAGAUUCUUGUUUUUUUCAAGAGGCUGUUGAAUGAGUGGAAUCAGGAGUUGGACGAGAUGCCGGAGGCUGAUAAGCGGACAGCAAAGGGCAAGCAGAUGGUUGCUACCUUCAAGCAGUGCGCUCGGUACCUCCAUCCUUUGUUCAAGUUUUGCAGAAAAAAGGUUCUUCAAGAUGAUAUCCGUCAAGCAUUGAUGGUAGUGGUUAAAUGUUGCAUGAAACGAGAUUAUUUGGCUGCUAUGGAUCAGUACAUAAAGUUGGCCAUUGGCAAUGCACCUUGGCCUAUUGGUGUUACUAUGGUUGGCAUUCACGAGCGUUCAGCUCGUGAGAAGAUUUACACAAACAGUGUUGCUCAUAUCAUGAACGAUGAGACAACUCGAAAGUACCUGCAGUCUGUGAAGAGACUAAUGACGUUCUGCCAGCGUCGAUACCCAGCAGAUCCUUCCAAGUCAGUGGAAUUCAAUAGUUUGGCAAACGGAAGCGACCUUCAUUCUCUUCUAUCUGAGGAAAGGGUGACUGAGAAACCUACAUCCGAGGAAAAGCUCCGCAUAAUGCCUGCAGCAAGGGAGUAAUGCUAUCUAUGGAUGCAUUUUGAUUAUCCACCAAGAUUGGGAAAUGUACAUUAUUGUCAGGUCUGUUGGUUUUAAAAGGGCUAAUUUUCUUUACUUUGAGCAAGCAGUGGUCUCCAGUGUUCUCCAAAAUCACAUUGUUGGUACUGUGAUUAAUAUCCAUACAGUUAAUUGUGCUUGAAUUCCAAAACUGGAAGUUGGAUCUUCUCCAAAGCCUUAUAAUUAUGUAAAAUCUAUCAUUAGAAACAGAGCAUGCAGUGUUGGCUGACAGGAACAUUUAUGAUCGAUGGGUUUUAAAGCAAUAAAAGUGGGAUUUUUGUA